AAAACUGUUUUGGACAACACAUGGUACCAAUUACACCAUAAGAGCAAUAAACUGUGCCAGAUUGUGUAGUUCAGCAGGAACGCUGACUUCUCCCACUUUCACGUACGACUUUGAAUGUAGCACCACAGUAUUCACUCGGCAGUCAGCAUGGCGUCCGCUCCGCCAAGGCAGCCUGCUGGCGCCAGCGCACAGGAGCAAAUAAAAAGAGACCUUCUUCAGAGACUUCUAACUAAAAUUUCCCAGGCCACACAGAGACUCCCGCUGGAUGUGGACUAUUUGAAGUUUGUGGUCAACCAGGAGAUGGUCCUUUUUAGGGCAUUGUCAGGCCAGGUUGAGAUGCCACACGAUGUUGCAAACGCAUUGACAGAGCUGUCCAUACUUGUCAAUGCAGAUGACAGCUCUAAUAUGAGCCGGUGCCAGGUGCCAGUGAUGCAAGCAGAAAUGGGACGGCCAAAAUAUGUUGUGUCUCCUCAGCAACUACAAAGCCUGGUAGAAAUGUCUCUACCAGUGUCAUGUAUUGCGAAACAUCUGGGUGUAUCUGUGAGGACAGUGAAACGGCGCAUGCAUGAAUAUGGACUUUCCAUAAUGCAGUGCUACAGUAACCUAACCGAUGAACAACUAGAUAAUUUGCUGAGGUCGGUGAAGGCUAGGACACCACAUGUAGGAUGCAGAAUGAUGAAAGGAAUCCUGCAGGCCAUGGGUCACCGUGUCCAGUGGAACAGAGUGUAUUCCUCCAUGCAACGUGUAGACACUGUUGGUGUACUCUCAAGAAUGACAAGGAUGGGGUGUGUUGCAAGAAGGACAUAUUCUGUCCAGGGUCCUCUGCACUUGGUGCAUAUCGACACAAACCAUAAGCUCAUCAGAUAUGGCCUUGUUAUUUUUGGAGGGAUUGAUGGCUUCUCACGAAAGAUCAUGUACCUUGGUGCUGCAACCAAUAAUAAAGCAUCUACUGCACUUGAUUUCUUCUUGGAGGCAGUGCAGAAGUAUGGCUUCCCAUUAAGGGUGAGAGGUGACCAAGGAGUGGAAAACGUUGGCAUAGCGCGAUGCAUGUUCACCAUUAGGGGUUGUGGAAGGGGGAGUUUCCUAUCAGGAAAGAGUGUACACAACCAAAGAAUAGAACGUUUGUGGCGAGAUGUUUGGAUGACUGUUUCAAAUGUGUACUACGAGAUACUUCACAGCCUUGAGGAUGAAGGUGUUCUAGACCCUUCUGAUAGCAUCCACCUCUUCUGUGCCCAGCAUGUGUUUCUUACACGUCUGCAGAGGGAUCUUGAUGUCUUCAGGGUGGGGUGGGAUAAUCACCCUCUAAGAACAGAGCAGAAUCUCUCCCCACAACAACUGUGGAUGAUGGGGCUUCUCCGGUAUCCUGUUGAUGCUCCAGACCUGGCAGAGGACAUUGAGGAUGCAGAUCUUCAUUUCAACACUGCCAGUGAGCAAGACGUGACCAGUCCUGGAGUGAUUCUCCCACCCAUUGAAUGUCCUCUCUCUGAGCAGGACAUGCCAGGCCUUAGGGCCACUAUUGAUGUUACAGGACCGUCAGAUUCCUAUGGGCGAGACAUUUAUUUGGCUGUAUUGAACUACGUGCUGAAUCACCGUAGAUGAAAACAUUUUGUAUUUCAUGACCAGUUCACCAGUGGACAUUUAAUUUGUUUUUAAUGUUUGUUACUGACAACCACGAAGCAACAUAGUACAAACAUUAUUGAACUGCUGUGAGUGCUGGGUAGCAACUUAUUUGUGAGACAACAUGAUGCCAAUUAACCAGACCUCUAGAUGAGAUGUAAAGAAAUUUCUUUUAUGAAAUCGUGUUGCAAGAUUUCCAGUUGUAUUUGUAUGAAAAGCUCUACAGUACUGUCUUUAAACAAAUAUUUAAUGUUUACUCUUGAAUGAUUAGUCCUGAAACACAGUAGUAUUAAAACAUUUUGGUCAUUAACCAGAACAAAAGUAAAAAAGGAGCAGCAACUAGUGCUAAAUAUUUACACCAUGUUAAACUGUUGGCCCAGAUGAAAAGCCUUAAUUAGAACCUUUUUGAACUUGCAAAAUUUGUAUGAAAUGCUCUACAGUACGGUCAUUAAACAAAUAUGUAAUGUUUACUCUUGAAUGAUUAGUCCCGAAACACAGUAUUAAGAAAUGUUCAUUAAUCACAACAAAAGUAAAAGUAGCAACUACUGCUAAAUAUUUACACCAUGUUAAACUGUUGACCCAGAUGAAAAGCCUUAAUUAGAACCUUUUUGAACUGGUCAUAAGGCCUCAUAUGUUUGACAGGUAGUACAAUAUUCUUGGCACAUGCUGAAACAACAGGGUAACACACAUUGUGAUGGCCAAAGUCUGCACUACAGUCAUGGUUAAACUUGAUCGUUACAGCAAAAUCCUUCUUCUCUGAGGGAAGAAGUGGAAUGUGACCUUGGCCUGUGAUCCACUGUAGAAACCGGGCAGGUGUGAUGGAAUGCAGGCCAUCUUGGUCAUCUACAUGCCCCUGACCCUCCGCUAUGAAGCAAACAGAUAUAACAAGUGUUAUGUGACAAUUGCAAUUUUGAUUUCCUAAUUGUUCUUUCAAUUAAAUAAGUGGUACACAAAAGAACAGCUGGUCAAAAAAAAUCAAAUUGUGAGAUUUCACAAGGUUUGGAAAUGACACUUAGCCAAACACAAUGGUUAUGAAUUCCAUUAUGUAUGAAUUCAUUAUUGGCAAUAAUGUCUUAAUAAAUAUAAUGGUGAUAAGAUUUGUAAAUGUGUUCAUUAAGGACAAUGGUUUUAGGAAAACAAUAAUUUCAAUGUAUGUUCUCUGUAUAUAUGCUUACAGUCUUGCAUACCAAAAAAGUGACAUAUGCUGUAAGACACAUUAUGCUGGCACAUAAUACUUAUCAAUAUUUUUCAGGUAGAAUACAAAUUAAACAUGUUCAAUAC